AACGCCUCGCGGAUGCAGAGCGAAGAUGCAGCGAGGUGGAGCCGAGACGAGACAAGGCAGCGCGAGAGGCCGCAGCCGCAUGCGAAGGCAGCGCUGCGAUGGUGACGGCGCCUCUCGGACGCAGCAGAGCGCGGCAACGAUCCUUGCUCUCGUCUCUCGGCGCCGGGCAUCGCGAAGCUUGCUCUCCUCUUCUCGGAUCAGCCGUUGCGCCUGCGCGUGCAUGCGUCUCUCAGACCUCGUGGGCAGUGCAGCAGCUGCGGGCUGUGACGCUCUUCCAUGCUUGCUCGUACCAAGCGGCACCGCGGCACGACGGCAUCGCAGCACUUGGCGAGGAGGAGAGCACGGCUUGUUGCGCAGGAGCAGAGCGCAGCGCGCAGCGUCAGCAGCUCGCAGCGGCUCAGCGGCAGUCUUGGUUGUCGCGGGCGCACUACUCCGGCGCUUGCCUGACACAAGCUCUCGCACAUCAGUGGUCGCAUUCAAGGUCGCUCGUUAAACAGUGCAUCUCCCUGCUGGCGUCCGCGAAGGCGUCGAGAAGAGAAACCAUUCUGCAAGACCAGAGGCCCUGUUUGACAGCUUCUCUACGCACGCAGCUCUCAUACGCGCAUUUCGGGCCCCAAAGCUAGCUCAUCGGGAGGACAGUGGGAGGGAAGCAAACCGAAGGAGCGACGGGAAGCCGGU